AUGUCGGAGGCUGCCAUGUACGCCCAGGAUCCGUCGGCGUACCAAGCGCUCCUGCACAAAGCGCCAUGGCGCCAAGACCCCCGAUACUUCCAGCGCGUAUGCAUCAGUGUCAUGGCGCUGUUAAAAAUGGUGCUACAUGCCCAGUCUGGUGGUGAUUUGGAGGUCAUGGGCCUGAUGCAAGGCCAUGUCCGUGGUGAUACGAUCUAUGUGCUGGACGCGUUUCCGCUGCCUGUGCACGGUACCGAAACACGCGUCAAUGCCCAGAACGAGGCAUAUGAAUACAUGGUCAUGUAUCUGGAGGCGUGUCGAAGUGUACAUCGGCCUGAGCAUGCCAUUGGUUGGUACCACUCCCACCCUGGGUACGGAUGUUGGCUCUCUGGGAUUGAUGUACAAACGCAGCGUACGAACCAGCAGCAAGACCCCUUCGUCGCCGUCGUGAUUGAUCCGUGGCGCACGAUGUCAACGGGGCAUGUGGAUAUAGGCGCAUUUCGGACGUGGCCCCUCGACCAGCCUAGCACGGCGCCAGAUACGACAGCGCCACCGCCGCGGUUACCGGCGCACAAGAUCGACGACUAUGGUGCGCAUGCGUCGCAGUACUAUGAGCUCGACGUCCAGUUCAUCAAGAUCGCCGCAGAUCGGCCGCUCUACGACCAAUUGUGGCAGCAAUACUGGGCACAGGUGCUGUGCUCUCCGCCUAAUGCGUCACUCCAGCCCCUUCAUGAACUUGGCACGCGGCUUGGCGAAAUAGCCGCCACCAUCGAGAGUACAAGCACGAUGCCCGGCGGCACGUCGUAUGCGCAGGCCGCGCGCGCUGUCCCGCGAUCGGAUGGCGUGGACGUGCAAGCCCUGGCACAGCAGCUCGACCGGCGGGCUGAUGGACAGCCGCUCGAACAGGCGUCUCAAGACGCGUACUCGGUGGCGGCGGACAUGCGGUACGCUAUCGAGCGAGCUCGUCGAAAAACCAUGCUGUUUGGACUAUAA